AUGGGCACCAAGCAGACCAAGGGCUGCCAGCCGGGCAGCGCUGGGGAGAGCCCCCCAGCCCACCACCGCAAGAAAGUACCCCCCAGGGAAAGGGGGGACUUCCUCGCUUCUCUCGUGGUGAAGUCCGGCGAGAAGUUUGGGAAGGGUGGUGGCAGCAGCUUGCCCCCUUACCACCGGCGGAUUUGCAUGAUCCAGGACAUGCUGGUGCUGGUGAAGCAGGGGAAGCAGGAGGAGGCCACCGAGCUGCUGAGGCACCUGCGGCAGGAUUUAGGAAUGGAGUCGACUUCUCUGGAUGAUGUCCUCUAUCGAUAUGCCAGCUUUCGAAACCUGGUGGAUCCAAUCACUCAUGACUUGAUCAUCAGCCUUGCUAGAUACAUCCACUGCCCCAAACCGGAGGGGGACUCCCUCGGGGCCAUGGAGAAGCUUUGCCGGCAGCUCACCUACCACCUCAGCCCCCACUCGCAGUGGAGACGCCAGGGCAUCAUGAAGAGGAAGCCGCAGUCCUGCUUGAAAGCUGUCCUGAUGGGGAAGCCUCAGGACAACACUGUGGACUUGUCGGGCAUCCCGCUGACGCUGAAAGACUUGGACCGCGUCACGUCCUACCUCCAGCACAGCUCGGAGCACAUCGACACGGUGGAGCUGUGCUUCACGGAGCUGACGGACGACAUGCUGCUGCAGCUGCUGCCAGCGCUCUGCGUGCUGCCCCACCUCACCACCCUCUCCCUCAACGGCAACCGGCUCACCAAAGCCAUCCUACGGGACCUCACCGAAACCCUGAAGGACCCCAAGAAGUUCCCCAGCGUCACCUGGAUCGACCUUGGCAACAACGUGGACAUCUUCUCCUUGCCGCAACCCUUCUUGGUCAGCCUAAAGAGACGAUGCCCAAAGCAAGGCAACUUGCCAACCAUUCUGGAGUUCGGCGAGGGUCAGGUAAGUGAUUUGGAAAGCCAAGAUGGCCUGGCCGAGAGCCAGGAGGACCUGCGAGCUGGACCAGGCAAGACUGACGACAUAGGCUUGCAGCAGACAGACAGAACAGUCGAGGCUGGGGAGCUCCCCAACUCAGAGCAAGGUGCUGCGACACCGCAGACAUGAUGUCUGGCUCCGUGGCUCUUGGGUGGGCGCGUUGAGCAAGGAUGACUUAAAACCGAGACCUCAGCGUUGGAGGUCGUGGCGGAGGGUCGAUUCACACGGUGGGAUGCUUCGGGAGCCUGGACUGCUGCGUUCCUCCCGUACGAU